AUGUUCGGGCAUGCAAAAAAGCUCAGUGACUUGGGGAUAGUGAUUCCUAACCAGCUGGGUAUUCAUCGUGUCCUCCAAUCACUGCCACCAAGUUACAAGAACUUCGUGAUGAACUACAACAUGCAGAACAUGAACAAGGAGUUACCUGAACUCUUCUCCAUGCUAAAGUCUGCUGAGAUUGAGAUACAGAAAGAACACCAAGUGUUGAUGGUCAACAAGACCACCAGUUUCAAGAAGCAAGGCAAACCUAAGAAGGGCAACAUCAAGAAGGGCGGCAAUAAAGCUGCCGCGCCUCCUGAGAAGCCUAAGGGUGGCCCUAAACCAGAUACUGAGUGCUAUUACUGCAAUGGGAAGGGGCACUGGAAGCGUAAUUGCCCCAAGUACUUGGCUGAUCUGAAGAGCGGCCUUGUCAAGAAGAAGAAAGGUAUAUCUGAUAUACAUGUUAUAGAUGUCUAUCUUACUGGUUCUCGUACUAGUGCCUGGGUAUUUGAUACUGGUUCGGUUGCUCACAUUUGUAACUCGAAACAGGAACUACGGAAUAAACGAAGCCUAGCG